AUGUCAAUCUUGGCACGGCCAAGAUUGACAUUGUGGAGCAUAUUUGUGGAGAACGGCGGCACAGCCGGUAUGCGGUGGUCUGAAAAUCCGUUUGUCUUCCUUCUACAGUUCCUUGGAUUGCUGGGCCCCCAUUUUGUCGAACCUUUCGAUCUACGAGUGGGAGGUGCGCAUGCGCCGCACCCUGCGACCAGCCUCAUCUUUCCUUGCCGGUCAUCAACUGCACACCCGGACCACCUGCCUCUACAGCUAUCAGCCAUGUGGGCAUCACUGAUACCAGAAGCCGUCCAGGCGGCGCCGUUGCAGAUUCCGGCUAUAUAUGAGCGUCCUGUUCACUCCUCGGCCACUGGGCAUGGCGGCACAGCCGGUAUGCGGUGGUCUGAAAAUCCGUUUGUCUUCCUUCUACAGGGUGAUGGGUCCGCCUGGCCAGUCUACGAGAAACAGGUCAGCGUGUUUUUUCGGGCGAACGACACCGCUCUUGAAAAACAGCGCGACAUCUUCCUGGCCAGCUGCGGGACCCGCGUCUUCGGGCUCCUGCUCGACCUGCUAGGGCCAGCCACGCCGCAUGACAAGUCGCUAGGUGAGCUGCUCGCGACGCUACGCUCGCACUUCAGCCCGGCCCCGUCGACGUUAAUGGAGCGCUUUCGCUUCAACAACCGGAGCCGCCGAGAUGGAGAGACGCUAGGGAAGUUCGUUGCAGCGCUGCGAGGGUUAGCGAGCGGCUGCGCCUUCAGGGAGCAGCUCGACUCGCUGCACCGGGACCGUUUCGUCUGUGGCAUCAACGACCCCGCCAUGCAGAAGCGACUCCUGGAGCUUCCCGACCCCUCGCUGGACGACGCGGUAAAGGCAGCGCUGGCGAAGGAAGCAGCGGCCAAGGACGCGAGCGAGCUAGCACGCGCGGCCGGCUCACCGUCGACGGAAGCGGCAGUGAACAAGAUGGCGACUCGGGAGGUCACCCUGCCCCUGUACCUGACCAAGGGGCCAUCACCGACGCUGCUGGGCCGGAACUGGAUCCAGACAUUGGGUGUGCGGCUGCCGGAGUACCAGGAAGCUGUAUGUGCGGUGGAAGAUGUCCCGAACCUCCUGACCAAGUUUAAGACCCUGUUCCAGUCCAGGGUGGGCACAUUCACCGGAGCGGCGGCGAGCAUUCAUGCGCCAGACGGAGCAAAGCCCCGGUUUUUCAAGCCGCGCCCACUGCCGUUCGCCCUGAAGGACGGGGUCACGCAGGAGCUGCAACGGUUGCAGCGAGAUGACGUCCUGGUGCCCGUCAAGUCUUCAGAGUGGGCCGCUCUCAUCGUGCCCGUCUUCAAGCAAGACGGCAGUCUAAGGAUCUGCGGGGACUUCAAGGUCACCAUCAACCCCGUCGCUACCGUGGAGAAGUACACGCUGCCACGCAUUGAAGAUCUCUGGUCGGCGCUGUCAGGGGGACAGAAGUUCACCAAGCGUGACCUCAGAGAUGCGUACCAGCAGCUGGUGCUCCAGCAGUCGUCCCGGAAGUAUGUCACCAUAUCGACAACGCUGGGACUCUUCUAG